ACACUACUAUAUAACAAAUAAUUUGAGCCAUGAGAUGACGGACGGAGAAUUUACCACAUGGAAUAUAUAAAGCAACAUACGGAUUUUGAAGACGCUUUGGAACGAGGGCACGAGAAACUGCUAGUUUUCGUUUUUUCAGCGAGAUGGUGCGGACCUUGCAGAGUUAUUAGCCCCAAAGUUCAGGAUAUCAUUAAAGAAAACCCUGACGUAGUGUUCUACCAGAUCAAUGUAGAUGAUAACAUUACCACAUCUCAAGCAUGCGGCAUUACAUGUGUUCCCACCUUCCAGUUCUUUAGGCGCUGCACUAAGAUUGAAGAGUUCUCUGGAGCAAACGAACAGAAAAUCCGAGAUUUUCUUACGAAACACAAGAAAUCCAGCUGACUUCUUUCGCGUAGUUUACUUCUAAUUUAAAAUAUCAGUGAGAAUUGAGUGUACUCCUGAGACAAUCCCACAGACAUUAAAAAACUUCUUUUAGUUUUUAGCUUUCAUAAAGAAUUGAUUACUUUUAGAAGAGUAACAGAUUUGAAAUGAUGCAGAAUUUUGUUAGCUAUUACAGUAUACGCUACUCAAGGCAGCAGUAGUUUGCAUAA